AUGAGUAGCAAGAGGCAGAAGUCUUUCAAGGAGUAUAGCACAUCAAAGCGAAUCAGCACCAUACAACCGAUUGUGCAACAGCAACAUCAAUCUUCGACUCAUUCAUCUCCAACCAGGACAGCCAGCUCACCCACAUCACCGUACGCAGUGUCGACACAUCGUGGAGUCCAAAGGCUGACGCUUUCUAGUAACCUCAACUCCGCGAUUGUCACAAUAGCGAUCGGUCCAGAGCAGCGACUGUUCGCUGCUCACGAAGACAUCCUCUGCAAAUCGCCAGUCUUCGCUCAACAGAUCCGCAAGCAAUUCUUCGAGUCAGACGUCAGUGGAAAACGUAUCGAUAUCCCGAACGAAAUGCCGGAGGUUUUCUCAGCACUGCUAGAGUACUUGUACAAGGGUGACUACACGCCGAAGCUCGAGUACGAUAAGAGUCAUCAAACGUGGUUUCUCGACAAUGGCGAUGCAGCAAGAGGCAUGCCAGAGAGCACUGUGUGUACAUCCAACAACCAUGUCCUUCUCAAAGACACAGUUAUCUACUGCUCAGCCUAUCGCUACGGACUCCCAGACCUCCAACGCCUCGCACUCAAGAAGCAAGGUCUUCAAGCUGGGAUCCAGUGCUCCACCAUCCUCUCAUCGGCUCGCUAUGCAUACGCCAACACCCCGGCCUCCGAUUCCAAGCUACGAGCACACUAUCUCGCCCUCAUCAUCAGAAGCCGAAACACUUUCAAGCGCAGCGGAACCAUGCAGAUGGAAAUGGAAGCUGGAGGCUCGCCCCUCUUCUUCGACCUCUUCGUCGCGAUGGGUAAGCCUUAUACACCACACUCUUUACCAUCAUCCUAG